AUGGUGACAGCAGGUACGUGUCGUGAUUCCUUUAACUGCGACAGAUCUAGACCAGAAGAAAUGCUGUACAGCACAUUUUUGGUGGUUUGUCUGAUGACAGGAGUCCUCGCUAAACCAAUUCCACACCUUGAAAGAACCAACCGCCAGUCGUUUGACCCAGACGUUACAAAUGGCUACCCAGGCUACAAAGUAGUCGGCUUCACACAGAAACUAACAACUUCAGACCAAAGACGUGCGUUCAGAAAUGCGUUUAAUAAAUGGACCGAAGUGACGCUAUUGAACAUUAAUGAAAUUUCGGACAGCUCGGCAGAAAUCGAGAUUAGCUUCGCGCGGUUAGAACAUUGAGAUGGCGCCUGUAACUCUUUCGACGGCAAAGGAGGCACGCUGGCCCACACAUUCUACCCGGGAACUCAGCCCACCAAUGGCUUCACUCACUUCGACGAUAACGAGGACUGGUCUAUGACGUCACCGGUAGUCAACCUGGAGAUCGUCGCUGCCCACGAAUUCGGCCACGCCCUCGGUCUACACCCAGACGCCUUGAUGGCACCGUACAAUUUCUACAACACCAACUACAAGCUACAAGAAGACGACAUAAGACGAAUACAAUUAUUAUACGGUAGGACCAUUUGCAGGAUAGCACAUACUAUUGCCUUUAAUAUAUAAAUUACGAACCCCCUCGUCUCCAUGUUUGCCACACAAAAAGAAAGCCUCGUACGAAAAUAACCAUGAGACUAGUUGAUUGUGACAAGACAAACAUUACGAUUUCAUAGGUUGCUAUGUAAUCAGCUGCUCUCGUAUUAGUCACUCGUACUGUGUGGUGUCGCCUUUAGAUCUACUAAACAGA